AUACAUGGCCAUCACCAAUGGCAAAACAUCAUCUUAAACAACACAAGAAAUUACUUAAGAAGAAAGAUAUUUUAGUUUUGCCAGCUUUUUCCUUUACAGAAUUUGCAAAUAAAUAUGAAAUUCCAAAUACAGUUGAUGAAUUGAUAAACCUUGUUCAAUUUAACGUUAUGGGGAUGAAUGAUCAAGGAUGGACAUUAAAUAAGGGACCUACCAAUUAUGAAAAGUGGAUUAACAUGGUAAUAUAUAAUAUAUCAAUUAGGUAUGACUCAAAUUAUCAGCCAAACUUUGUUGUGAAACGAGGAAGUGAUAUUCCUUGGUGCACGGAACGAUUUGAUACGUUUGAGAAAAGUAAGGCAGCUUGCUUAUUACAAAUGUAUUUUAAUGGAGCGGAAAUAUGGGUAGUACCUGAAGCUUUCGUAAUACAAUAUCCGUAUAAUAAAGUAGAUAAUCAUUUAGAACCACAAGAGCAUAAAAUUGAAACAUGUAUGCAUUAUGCACGAACACUUGACAAAUUGGGAGAAUGGAGGACACCAAGGGCAAGUCAUCUUAUACAACAAUGCCCAAAAAUAAUGACAAAUUGGGGACUUUUUUCAAAAAAUAAAUAA